CUAAGAAACCCAUCAAAUAUCAAAUAAAAACAGUGAAAAAUCUAAAUACUAGUACAAGGCACUUCCAAAAAUCAAGAACUAGCUUCCCCAUAAACCCCUCCUCAUUUCUGCAGCUACCUAUCUGAUCAUUCAGCUGUUCUGUGGAUUUCAUCGAUUGUGUAUGAUGACAUUGGUGCAUUAUAUUUAGUUUCUUCCAGUUCUGCAUCUGAACCCCUUAGCUUGCCCCCUUAUCUAUGGCUUCGAAAAGUUCAAGAUUGUUUAGUACGCAUGCUGUGACACAGUCUUCUCCUUCGCCUGGAAUCUCUCACAUACACACUGUACGAAAUGAUACGCAACUUUCACGUAUCACAGAUGUCGGUGAAGCUCAUGGACUUGCAAGAUCCUCCUGCAGAGAGUCGACGACAUCUACAGUCCUCAAAGAUAUACAUAUUCCUGCACGACUUAUGGAGGAUUUUCUUGAACUAGCCAGAGAUAAUACAAAUAAAGACGUGGAGACAUGUGGAGUUCUGGGCGCUUCUCUUAAAGAAGGAACCUUUUACAUUACCACGUUGAUAGUACCCAAACAAGAAUCUACUUCAAGUUCUUGUCAGGCUCUCAAUGAGGAGGAGAUAUUUGCGAUACAAUAUGAAGUAUCAGAUUUUCCUAUAGGAUGGAUUCAUACACAUCCUUCUCAAACUUGUUUCAUGUCAUCAGUCGAUUUGCACACUCAGUAUUCAUACCAGAUGAUGGUACCUGAAGCUGUAGCUAUUGUCAUGGCUCCUACUGAUAAAUCAAGGAGUUAUGGGGUAUUCAGACUUACAGACCCCGGUGGAAUGAGUAUUCUGAAGGAUUGUCCGGAGAGGGGAUUUCAUACACACAGGGAACCACCUGAUGGGAGUUCCAUCUAUGAGCAUUGCACUAAUGUCUAUAUCAACCCACAUCUAAGAUUAGAGAUCUGUGACUUACGGUAACAUAGCAUUAAAUGUUUUUUUGGAAUUUUUAUUUAUUGCUUUAAACUGUCAUAGAUACAUUGUCAAGUAAUGACUCAUAUGGAAAUAUAAUAAAUGGUCUCAAAGAAUUUAGAAUUAAUACUGAAUUUGAUAUUCCCAAAUUUUUAAAUCUAUGUUGUAUGUUCUGAGAA